UUAUGUGUGUGGCCUGGUUCAUUUGUUUCUCUGUGUUCCCCUCCUCUGCAGGAUAGAAAUCUACGUCCGGAGGAAAUGGAAGAGCUGCGGGAGGCCUUCCGGGAGUUUGACAAGGACCGUGACGGCUUCAUCAGCUGUAAGGACCUGGGGGAGUGCAUGAGGACCAUGGGAUACAUGCCCACUGAGAUGGAGCUCAUCGAACUGAGCCAGAAGAUCUGUGGUGGCAGAGUGGACUUUGAGGACUUUGUUGAGUUGAUGGGUCCCAAGAUGUUGGCAGAGACUGCAGACAUGAUCGGAGUCAAGGAGCUCAGAGAUGCUUUCAGAGAGUUUGACUCUAAUGGAGACGGGCAGAUUAGCCUGGUGGAGCUGCGCGAGGCCAUGAAGAAGCUGAUGGGAGAGCAGCUGAACCACCGCGAGAUCGACGAGAUCCUGCGAGACGUGGACCUGAACGGGGACGGACUGGUCGACUUUGAGGAGUUUGUGAGGAUGAUGUCUCGCUGAAACAGCCACCCUGACCAACCAAUCAGGAAGAGGACUGAUGCUGCACUGUGAUAACCAGACCUCACACUGUUCUUAUGCUGUUGUCAUUCUUAAUCUGAUGUACAGACUCUUAUGUUGUUUUGUAGCUAUUAGUUCUGUAUUGAUCAUCUUUCUGUUGGUUUAAUUCUCUGUAUAGAACCCCUCCCUCCUGUGUGUUGUGUUCCGCUGUGGAAGAGAACUGCCAAUGUGACGCAGCUGCAAUGAUGA